AUGAACAACAUCUGCUUUUAUCAGGGCCCUCCACCCGUGAGGUCAAAGAAGAUCAUGAAUCAGGAUGAUCCGGUCGAGUCUGUAGACACUGGACUCUCCAGUGUGGAUGAAAACCUAUGGCUGGCACAACCUCAAGAUAAGGUUCCCUUCAGCACUACCGUUCAGAUCAACUAUCCAGAUACGGUGCCAUUCCAGGGCUCACCGCGCCCGCUAGACUUGAAAAUAUCGACCGAAGAGAGCUCUAGUGUCAACGUAGCUCACACCCAAGCCUUGAUCCAUGAGAAUGUAGAUGAUACCGACGACAAUCUCCCAACUCCGGUUAAGUUUUGCGCGGACGCUGCUCCUCGUGACAACGCCUGCGAUCCGGCUGUUAUAAACGAGCAACUUAACACGAUCUAUUCCAAGUGUGGAAAUUUCGAUUGCGGUGGUAAGGGCGACGGCGAGGAUAAGGACGGUGGCAGCCUUCGAUACGGAUCUGAGACCACUAUGAGGUCACUUGAUUGUCCAGCACUGGGGCACAAUUCUCAGGAACCCAUCUUGGACAUCAAUUCUUCAUUUGAAAUACCGGAAACGCAGGCCGAAACCUGCGUAGAGAAGACAGGAAAGACAAAGACCCCAGCCGUCGAUUACGGCGCGACGCAAGAGACGAUAGGCUCGAACGAAAAAAACGCGCAUCUUCACAAUUGCAUGGGCUCUGCACGACGUUGGUCGUUCCCCGGCUCCGUGGCACCCUCAGUCUACUGUGGCAACGAUUCAUCAUGCCUCGAAGAGUGCCGUCGAAUCCGGGCUCCUGAUAAGCCAUGGCUCAGACCAUGUAAAAAGGUGGCGCUCCAAAGGUCCACCACACCUACUACUGAAAGCUACUAUUGGGAGCAGAAGGGAAGCCAGAAGCGUCCCACAGAGACAAGUGUCCAAACAUUCGACCACAAACUGAUAACACAAGUCUCGUCUCCAUGCAAAUGUGCAAAUGAAGAACAAUCACCCACUCAUCAAACCCCCAGCGAAGCAGUGCCACUACCUGCAGCGUUGGAACCGAUCUCUGUCACAGACGCCAUGCCCGCAUCCAGUCCCACAUCGUCGUUCGUUAGCCUUCACCCGUUAUCGCCAGAUGACACAUCGAUCUUGACUGCUGUUGUACACGAUGCGACACAGCUUACCAAUCUCUCCAAGUCGGUGACGCCUUGGAAUCUUCCUCCUAGCCUAUCUUCCGAAACCUUUACCAUCAUGAAUAUCAGACCCUUAGGAGAUCAAACAUGGCUGCUCAUGGCAAAGAUGUCUAAUGGUGCUACCAACGAUGCCACCCGCUCCCCGCCCGGCAGAAAGUGUUCGUGGCAGCGAAGAUCUCAACUGAAGCGGAGAAGAAGGCCACCUCCCUCCGAAAGCGACGCAGAGUCCGAAAAACAUAGCGCUGAUCCUACUGAGCACCAUAAUCAUCCGGAUCGGCGCAAGCAGGCGAGACUCCAACUUACUGUGAGCGAUGACUCGCAUAGCGAAACAGAUGAUGAAAGCGUUUCCAGCUCCCCCCCUAUCAAGAUGAAACGUGGUGGGUGGACGCUGAGUGAGGAUCUGCGUCUGACGAGGUUGGUAGAAGCAGGCACUCCGUGGUCCACUAUACUAAAGAAGUUCCCCCGACGACGUGAAGGAGCAGUACGGUCUCAUUGGAACUCUGUGUUGAAACCUCUGGCAUCUUAA